AUGGCGACGCCCGGCUCGAUCGCAAAGUUGCCGCAGUCUCCCAACGAUGGUGCCGACUUACUUACUACGGCGUCUCCGUCAAAGCGAUCGUCGAGGAUGAGGCUGUUUGCAGACCGCGUCUGCAACACAACUCUCGCUUUCGUCGAGAGGCACUGGAUCGUUGUCUCUGUCUUCUUCAUCCUGAUCCUCGUGUGCACUAGCAUCGGCGUGGGUUGGUCUUUGCGAUUGGGCACCUUCCAGGGUGUCCAGGUGCUUGACUCUUUUCUGAUUGAAGAUCCGACUUGGGUCAAAAUGGACGCCAACUUGAUCUCAGUCGACUCGGAUUCGCAGUCCAUUACGCUGGACUGGUUUCUAUAUUACUUCUGUCCCGAUGGCUCUUCUCCGUCGACGUCAGAUUGUCCGGAUGUAGAUAUCUACUUUGACCAGAAUCUGCUGCGUGGCGCGGGCUCUACAUCGACGGCGAACAACGAGAAACCUCCACCGAUUUUCACUAUCAAUGCCACCGAUUAUCAGGCUUACAACGCAAGCGGCAACCCUGAUUAUCGCGACAGUUCGCCCCUGUUCAGGACGCAAGUGGCCAUGACGAACUUCUACUAUGGCGGUCGGUCAGCGCAAUCGUAUCCGUUCGACAAGUACACGUCCACUCUGGCGUUCUUCGCGCAGUCCGUUAGUGACAACAGUACCGUACCUCUCGGUAUUGGUACUACUAGUGGAAUCGCUGUUGGCUUCAACGCGAAACUCGACACCGCUACCUCCGGAAUAGCUGCGAAUGACGUUUCUAUCAAGAACUUGGUCGUGACCCGAGGGCAGGUCAUUAGGAUGUAUGCAUUGCUCAUCGUGAUCGCCAUUUGGAUGAUUACCAUCACAUUCAUCAUGGCAUGCAUCGUCUCGGUCUUCUUCGGGAAGGGCGUUAGGGGUGACAUCUUGGUAUUGCCGGUCGCGACUUUGUUUGCGUUUACCCAGUUGCGCGGUACAAUGCCGGGGGCCCCUAAUGGUUUCGGUGCGGACAUUGAUUUUAUUGGGAUACUACCCUGCCUGGCACUGCUCACCUUUUCGUCCAUCUUCAUGUCCGCCGUGUUCCUCUUCCGGAACCCAGAGGAUGACUCGCCUAGGUGGCAGAAGUGGCGCGCGUUGCGGACGCCUCCACAGACUGCUAUGACGGUAUAG